UAGUCGAGCUAUUAAUUUCGUCGAGCAUUCAACAUGCGUCUGAACUUGUUAAUUUCCUUUUUAACUUGUUUGGUUUUUGCUCAAGCAGCAACUUUGCCAAAGGAUGAAAAAGUGCGCUACGAUAAUCAUGUUGUCUAUAAAAUCAACUACAGCAAUGCACUGCAAAGAGAAUUAAUUCUAAAGCUUGUUGAGAGACAUCAAAGUUUCAGCCUUUGGAGUGAAACUGCAACAGAACUCGAUUUAAUGGUUAGUCCAAAUGCAAUUGAGGAAUUUAAAAAACAAUUAAGUAUUGCAAAUACCACUGCUGAAAUCUUCAUUCCCAAUGUGCAAGCUUUAAUCGAUACUGAAACUGUGGCAAAUACGAGAGCUGCUGAAUCAUUUGGCUGGACACGUUACAACACUUUGGCUGAAAUCGAAGAAUGGCUGGAUGAAAUUUUUAUCAUUUACCCAGCUGUAACUGAGGAAAUUAUCAUUGGACAAUCCUACGAAGGACGCACUAUAAGAGGCAUAAAGAUCUCCUAUAAGGAAGGCAAUCCUGGAGUGUUUAUUGAAAGCAAUAUUCAUGCUAGAGAAUGGAUUACUUCAGCCACAGCGACGUGGUUUAUUAAUGAAUUGCUCAGCUCAGAUGAUGAAUUGAUAAGAGAAAUAGCUGAAAAUUAUGAUUGGUAUAUUGUGCCUGUGUUGAAUGUGGAUGGAUUUACGUACACGCAUGAGAAGGAUCGCCUUUGGCGCAAAACUCGCCAACCCAUCAGCACUUCGAGCUGCAUUGGAACUGAUCCCAAUCGCAACUUUGAUGUGCAUUGGAUGGAGAAUGGCGGCGCCUCUUCGAAUCCUUGUGCCGAAGACUAUGCUGGACCAAAUCCAUACUCUGAACCCGAAAUCAAAGCCAUGUCCGAUUAUUUGAACAGUGUUAGCAGUAAAGUGAAUGUGUUGCUCGCUUUUCACUCUUACAGCCAGUUGCUGCUUUCUCCCUAUGGCCACACACCUGAUGAAUUCCCUGAUAACUACAAUGAUCUAUUGCAAGUGGCCAAAGCUUAUGCCGAUGCAGUGGAAGCUUUGCCUUAUGGCACUGUCUAUCGCUAUGGCUCAGCAGCGAGUGUGCUUUAUACCGCUUCGGGAGCCACCAACGAUUAUGCUUAUCAGCAGGGCAUCGAGAUAGCUUACACUGUGGAGAUGCGGGAUCGAGGAGCCUUUGGCUUUGUGUUGCCGCCUGCUUUCAUUAUUCCCAAUGCCGAGGAAACAUUGGUUGGCAUUAUUGCUCUGCUGUCGGAGUGUGAAAAAUUGGGCUAUCUGGCUCUCAAAUAAAAUUGUCUAAUAAAUUAAUUAAGAUUAUUUCACGAUAAAAAGCGUUU